AUGUCGUUCAGUCCAGGUAAUGGUACCUUCAUUAGAGGCGAUUCACCAAUUACUGCACCAACGAGUGGGCAACCGUCUUCAGAUCGCGUGUCGUUUUUAAAGCUGAAAACAAGGUCAGUCUUUAAUCGACUUCAGCAUACAGCAGCAGAGAUGAACACCGAAAUGCUACAAGGCAUGGAUGAGUACGGCUUGGCAGCAAUCAUGGAAUCAGUGGGAGAUUUGAAAGCAACAUUCACCGCCGCUCACACCAGUUUAGAGGAAAUGGAUUUUGAAUCUAUUGCCAGUGACCUGCCCUGCAAAUUCGAUGCUACAUUAGUGAAACUUAAGGCGAACCUGCAACGAGAGAUUGGGAGACGUAGCACAGGUCAGCACUGCUCGACAUUUAGAGCGAACACUGGUGACUCGCAGUCGAUCAUCGUGAAUGCCAAUCGUUCUCGCCUGCCUUUGCUAAUGCUACCGAAAUUUAGUGGCGCGUACACCGAGUGGAGCAACUUUUUCUCGAUGUUCACCUCCGUCAUUGACAACGAUGGCGACCUAACGCAAAGUGAUAAGCUGCAAUACCUGCGUUCCUGCUUGAGUGGUGCUGCUUUGGAUACUAUCCAAUCUCUGGAGAUAAAUGAAACUAAUUAUAAAAAUGCAUUAGAUUUACUCAAAAAACGUUUUGAUAACAAGCGAAUUAUAUUUCAGGCACACAUCAGACAGAUCUUUGGGCUGGACAGGGCAGAUGCAUCCGCAAGCAGGUUGCGGGAGUUGACGGACAAGGUUACAUCACACAUACGCGCGUUGCAAUCGCUUGGGUCACAAGAACAAAUCGCUGACUGCAUUAUAGUUGAAUUACUAAUCCAGAAGUUGGACAAGGCUACUCAAUCCAAGUGGGAAGAAAAUUCAUCAAGCAACGAACUGCCGUCGUGGGAUCAGUUAGCUGCAUUUUUGGAAAAGCGGUGUCGUACCCUCGAAAAUGUGGAGCAUGCCAUACAAACCCAAACGGAUCAAGUUGACAGAAACGGUAAAACUGUAAGUACAAAUAAAAGAAAAUCAUUUGUCGUUUCGAAUGCCUCAGUAGGUGGUUGCGCGUUUUGUCGGUGCCCUGAUCAUAGAAUUUACCACUGUCAGCAAUUUUCCACUCUUUCUCCAAAUCUUCGCCAAAAGGAAGCCAAGAAGCUCUCGCUUUGCCUUAACUGUCUAAAGGGUGGCCAUCAAAUGAGAGAUUGCAAAUCUGGACCCUGUAGAGCUUGCCAAUUGAAACACCAUACGCUUUUGCAUUUUGACCGCACAUCUUCUGCUUCAACUUCUAUAUCAGGCCCAGUCAUGCAACCACCCACAUUGAAAUCAAACACCAUAGCUGCAACAUCAUCUGUCCCUGGCCAUGCCUUCACUUCGAGAUCUCCGUCUGAUGCUGUGCUUCUAGCCACUGCAGUCAUUUUUGUCAAAAAUCGUGCUGGUACCUUCGUGCCAUGUCGGGCGCUUUUGGAUUCGGGUUCCCAGCUUCACUUUAUUACAAAUCGUUUUACUAAUCAAUUACAACUUCGUAGGACCAAAUAUUCGGCGGCAGUUUCGGGCAUCGGGGAUGCCAACCUGUCAACUGAAGGCUAUUCGGUCAAUGUCGUACUGAAGUCGCGGACUUCAGAUUUCUCAACGCACAUCACUUCCGUCGUUGUUCAAACAAUCACUGACAAUCAGCCUGGUUUUUCAGUGAGCAUCGCGGACUGGAACGUCCCUUCGAACAUCCAACUAGCUGAUCCCAAUUUCAACAUACCUCAGCGUAUUGACUUGCUUAUCGGAGCAGGACUAUUUUUCGAACUUCUCUGCGUUGGGCAGAUACAAUUGGGGCCGGAUUUCCGGUUCUUCAAAAAACUCUUCUCGGUUGGGUGA